CAGCCGGGCCGUAGCAUGAACGGCUCCCGGGCGGGCGCUGGGGCCCCGGCCACCUGGCUGAGCUGCUGCAACCAGUCGGGGGUGCCGCCACCGGAGCCCCCAGAGGGGCCGCGCGUCGUGCAGGCGGCGGUGCUGGGCGUGCUGUCGCUGCUGGUGCUCUUCGGGGUCCUGUUCCUGGGCGGCGGCCUCCUCCUCCGCGCCCAGGGCCUCACGGCGAUGCUGGUCAGCGAGCGGCGCGCGUCCCGCGAGACCGAGCCCGGCGGCGCCAGCGGAGGCGAGGACGACUCCUAGGCGCCCGUGCGCUCGAGAGUCGCGGCCUCCAGGCGGCCUGGGACGCGGCACCCGACGGCUACUGCGGAGCGGGGGUGCCGCGUCCUCCGCCGAGGCUGGCACCCGCUCAGGAAGCCGGGACUGAGGAUUCUCAGCUGUGGGGGCUCCAUCUGGCUUUCCUGUCUCUGACUCUCCAAGGACAAGAACCAUCCGGAGGGAAGGGCCUGGGUGGCCUAAAUACAAGCUCAGUGCUGGGAGAGCCCGGCCGUGGCCUGUGCCGGGGACCUCGAUGUUCCUGGGGGAAGAUACUGGGAUGUUUGCUGUGGAACUCUGACCCUGGCCAAGGCUGUCUGACUGAGUGAGGAGGAAGAAGAUUCAGAGAAUUGGGGAACGAGUGCUGCUGUCUUCCCAUCUCUCAGGCCGCAGCUUGGAGUGACAGAUUCUUGAGCCUCGCGUGGUCUGUCUCCCAGAGAGCUUUGCCACCAGCCUGCAGCACCGGGGAGCUCCUGCUGCCUUUGAUCCCUGAGCGGUGCAGACAAGACUGGGAGAAAGCUGGCUUGUGGUGAGGCCUCCACCUGCGAUCCUGAUCCUUGCACUCAGCCCCGCCUCUCGUUUGCUCCGUCCGUUCAGCCUCCUGCAGUACCCGUGGACGUGGGGCUGGGAGGUCAGCGCUCCAGGGAUGAGCGAGCCCCCUGAGCAGCUGCUGCAUGUCUGGGGCGCCGGAGUGUGCACGUACACCCUGGGUGCUCAGUGCCGCAGAUGCUGGCUCCGCCCCCUGACCUGCAGGCCUCGGAGGACAGGGGUGCAGCCCCUGGCCCAUCGCUGAUACUGGGCUGCUGUGGUCUGACAGGCCAGUGACCUGUCCCUGCUGAGGGCCGUGGGUCAGUGUCGUCCAUUUGGAGAUCUUUGGUGCCCCAGCAAUGCCCUAUCACUUCCUGUGGC